AUGCAAUACUCAAACCAUAUCUCUCCGCUAAUACGUCUAGAUCACCAUCGGCACGUGCAAAUUUCAGAUGUAAUUUGCAAUGAUUAUACUCGAGUAAUACUGAAUGACGGAAAACCUGGGGAUUACAUUCAUGCUAAUUAUGUUAAAGGGGAAAAUCUCCUCAAUACUUUCAUAUGUACACAGGGCCCUUUACCUAACACAAUUGAAGAUUUUUGGCGCAUGGUAGUGGGUGAGAAGGUAGCACAUGUGGUAAUGUUAUGCGACACUGUGGAAAAUGGGAAAACCAAGUGUGAACAGUACUGGCCUAACAUGCAAGAUCAGAAGUUAGAGUUUGGAGGUAAUUUGUUUUUUGAAUUGUCACUUCUGCAUAAUUGUAAGACGCUAAUCAAGUCUCAAGUGUGUAAUCGAUACUUGUCAUUUCUGAGAUUAAGAGAGUGAGA